AGAUAAAAAUAAUGAUAUUUACUCGUCAUGUAAACUUAAUUUUAGUCAUGUAAACUUAGUGUUAUGAUGGUUUAUAUGAUAUAUCAUGUAAAUUUGUGUUAUAUGUCAUGUAAAUACUCAGAGUCAUGCUGAAUUACAUGCCAUAUAAUGGAAGUUUACAUGAUAUUUUAUGACUUUUACAUGAUGUGUCAUGUAAACUUCUGUGAUAUCCCACGCUCCAAUCAUGUGCAUCAUAUGUCACAGAAUUUUACACUCUUUUUUCGAUCUGUGUAAGGAAGAACGCUCUAACUCAGUGUUCAACUUUUAAGUUCCGCAUCCUCCCGUGCCCGUCUUGCUCCAUACCAUAUAAAGCUUUCCGUAACCGACCAUAUAAACUUCCCUAAGAGAAGGCGGGUCAAUGAACCCUUCUGGCUGUACCAUACAAAUGUCUUCCACACUAAGAUCUCCUUGUAGGAACGCCGUCACCACAUCUAGCUAAUGCAUCUGGAGGUUCAUCUUAGCAGUCAUUUACCCCAAAUACCGAAUGGCAGUGUACCGAACCACUGAAAAAACGUUACAUUUUAGUCAACGCCUUUGACCUGGAGAAAGCCCUUGAAAUUCAAACGGGAUUCAUACCGUUCCACAGUUCCGUCUAUGUAUGUCUUUACUUUUUAAACACACUUCCUGGGCCAAAUUAGCUACUGGACUCUUCGCGUUGAAUAAUAUGUAGAUGAAGAAGUAGGCCUUGCCAAGUAGGCCUUGAAAAGCUGACAGGCGCCCUUGGAGAAAAGUUUUCACCUCAUUCUACACCAAGCUCUCCUACUGUUCACAUCUUACUAUUAAUAAACUGUUACUUGUUACUGUUCAAGUCGGUGUUAUCUGUUUAGUCCAUCCGCCUCAGUCCUUCCUAUUACAAUAGGUUAUGGGCUCGUCAAAGGAAGGAAUCCCGCAGCUGACCGGGCCGAAUUACGAAAACUGGCGUUUCCGAGUCAAGCUACAUUUGGAUGCAGUGGAAGUUUCCUCGGUGCUAACGGGAGAAGCCCCAGCCCCAGCCUUGGCCCCAGCUGUAGGCGAUGCGACCAGAGCGAAAUGGGAGCAGACGGACAGGAAGGCCAAGUCGGUGCUGGUAGCAUUCGUUGCGGAUGAAAUUCUUGAAGUUGUCCGGGAGAAGGAAACGGCGUCUGAAAUGUGGAAGGCUCUGGAAGAAACCGUUGUGAAGCGGUCUGUUUCAAGCCAAACGUUGCUGAGGAAGCAGUUGGCCCGGUUGCGCAAGAAGGAGGGAACGUCCGUGCGAGUCCAUUUCAACGUGUUCGAUGACCUAGUCCGGCAACUCAAGUCCGCUGGAGCCAAGAUGGAGGAAGGUGAUUUGGUAGCCCAAAUAUUCCUCACUUUACCCGAUAGUUACGAUCCCCUGGUGACGGCACUCGAGAAUCUGGCGGAGAAGGACCUGAAGCUGGAGACAGUCAAGCAGCGGCUGCUGGCUGAAGAAAGCAAGCGGGCAGACCGCCUGGAUGACUCGGGUAAAGAUAUCGGAGCGGCGUUCGUAGGAGGUACUAAGAAGAACUCCUGGAAGAACCCAAAGAAGUUUGCUAGCAAGUGCCAUCGGUGCGGAAAAACCGGGCAUAUGAAGAAAGACUGCCGUGUGAAGAAACCGGAAGGUAAUGCAAACGCUGCUGUUGACAGUAAGGCGGUCGCGUUCAUGGCAAACGGCGACGGUAAGAAGAUCUAAGCUGGGAAGAUCCGGUUUUGCGUUGACUCGGGGUGCAGCGAUCACCUCGUGAACCAUGUGAGUCAUCUGAAGUCCAUGCGAAUGUUGAAGGAUCCAUUCGUUAUCGAUGUGGUCAAGAACGAUAUGACGCUGGUCGGAAAGUAUGCCGGAGAAAUAAAAGGUAUGUCGAACAAAGGAAUUGAAUUCCAUAUUCAGAACGUUGUGCUCCUACCGGAUUUGCGAGAAAACCUACUCUCGGUCAAGAAGCUCUCGCAGGCCGGAGUUGAUGUUUUAUUCACUGGUCGUGGAGGUCCUGAUCGUGCGGAGUUCAGGAAGGACGGAAAUCUGAUUGGAGUGGCGUAUCUUCGUGGCAACCUGUACCAGCUAGAAUUGGACGUUGGAUCGAAGGGUCAAGCCAAUAUCAGCGUGGCCGAAACGAGUAAGUUGUGGCAUCGCCGCUUGGGACAUGCAAGCCAACAAGCCAUGAACACUCUCAUGAAGCACGGAAUGACCAACGGAUUUGUUGAGAAGCUUGAAGGAAUCGGAUUCUGCGAUACGUGUGUGAUGGCAAAGCAAUGUCGGGAACCGUUCGACGGCGUAAGGGAGCGUGGCACUCGUCCCCUGGAGCGAAUUCAUUCCGAUGUGUGUGGCCCUAAGUGUGGCCCCAUAGAUCCGCCAGCCUGGGACGGAUCGCGAUAUUUCGUAUCGUUUAUAGAUGACUGGACACACUUUGCCGUAAUCUACAUGAUCAAGCGCAAGUCAGAGGUAUUUCGUUGUUUCAAGGAAUAUAAAGCUAUGGCCACCACCCAGUGGCAGUCACGAAUCAGCAAGCUCACAGUGGAUCAAUGUUGUGCAUAUUUUUCGACUGAACUACUACUACAAGAAGCGAGGCAUUCAAGUUCAACCUACGGUGGUGUACUCCCCACAGCAAAACGGGGUUGCUGAACGAUUCAAUCGGACUUUGGUUGAGAAAGUCAGAUCCAUGCUAAUAGAUUCGAAGGUUCCGAAGAAUAUGUGGUCAGAAGCGGCCCUGACUGCGACGUAUCUGCUGAAUCGAUGUCCUACGAUAAGAUUGGCAGGAAACGUAACUCCAGCCGAAAGAUGAACUAGUGUGAAACCGGACCUCAGCAAGGUAAAGAUUUUUGGAUGUAAAGCAAUGACGUGGAUCCCGGCUCAGCAGCGGAAGAAGUUGGACCCCAAGAGUCGCCAGACGAUAAUGAUUGGUUAUCGUUAUGCCCCGAAUGGAUACAGGCUUUGCGACAGAGCUGCAAGAAAACUUGUGAUUGCAAGACGCGUCAAAUUCAAUGUAGAAUGUUUUCCGUAUGAUGAGAAACCUGAUGAAGCUAGCCAAGUUCCCUUGGUUAUCCCUGUCCUGUGUCAGCCAGAGGGGGAAGCGUGAGAUCCAAUUUAAGAAGAUCCUUGUGAAAUAGCUGGCGACAACCCUGGUAACGAAUCCGAUGAUGAAGCUAUUUUCGAAGAGUUUGUAGAGGAAGAAAACCCUGGGGCGCUCUCUUCGCAACAUAGAAGUGCGACUGUCCAGAGUCAACCACUAGGCGCAGCGAACGGGAGCGCAGGCUCCCAGAUCCACCUCAAUGCUACAAUGAGAUCGAGAACCGUGACGACCUGGACCACUGGUAUGGCGGCUAGUGAGAUGUCCUGCUGGAGUGAAACCGUUACAACCAAAGUGGGUAUUCUGCCGUAAAGAAGAUGCUGAUGGAAACCAUGUGAGGCACAAGGCUAGACUAGUCGUAAAAGGAUUCCUCCAGAAGCCCGGGCUCGAUUAUCAUGAAACGUAUGCCCCGGUAGCCAAGCUGACGACGAUGCGAGUGGCUUUAGCUGUUGCGUUGCAGAGAGGACUAAUCGUACACCAGAUGGAUGUGAAGACGGCUUUUCUGCACGGCGAUCUUCAAGAGGACAUUUAUAUGGCAGUACCUGACGGUGUCAAAGCGGAUCCUGGAACAGUGUGCAAGCUACAGAAGUCGCUAUACGGGUUGAAGCAGGCUCCCAAGUGCUGGAACGAGAAGCUGAACCAAAUCCUGUUGAACGUGCUGUUGAAGCUCGGAUUCAAAAGAUCACAGCAUGACUAAUGCUUGUAUACCCGCGUCGACAAGAGGGGGAAUGAUGAUGUCUACAUAGUGAUAUACGUCGACGAUUUGCUGAUCAUGAGAGCACGAAUCAAAACGAUUGAAGCUGUGAAGAAAAAGUUGUCCCAGUUUUUCAAGAUGACGGAUUGCGACAUGGUCCAACACUUCCUUGGAAUGAAAAUCGUCUAUGACCAGGAGUCGGGCAAGAUGAACUUUUCGCAAGAAGCAAGUAUAGACAAGGUUCUGAAGAAGUUUCAAAUGCAAGAUUGCAAUCCAACAAGAACGCCGAUGGAGAAAGGGCUUCAGCUUGUCCGCAGUAAAGGAGAAGCCAUAGAAGAGCCGUACCGGGAAGUCUUAGGCAGUUUAAUGUACAUUAUGAUGUCAACUCGGCCGGACAUUUGUUUCUCUCUUGGAUAUUUGGGACGAUACCAGCAGCACCCUGAGCAAACCCACUGGACGGCGUUGAAGCGAGUGGUGCGGUACAUGAAAGGCACCAAGGGAACGUUUUUGAAGUACCAACGGAACAAGGAUACCGAGCCAUUGGUUGGAUUUGCCGAUGCGGACUAGGCUACUGAUACCUCGGAUCGAAAGUCGGUGAGUGGAUUCUUGUUUCAAGUCUACGGGAACACGGUAUCGUGGUCAAGCAAGAAGCAGACGUCAGUGGUUACCUCAUCCAGUGAAGCUGAAUACAUAGCCUUGAGCGCGGGCGUAGCAGAUGCGAUUGGCUAUCCGGACUCUUGGCGUGAAGAUUGCGAAACCUAUGACGAUCUAUGAGGACAACCGUGGCUGCAUCGGGAUGGCCCAAAAUCUGGAUUGCAAACGGGUCAAACAUAUCGAUAACAAGCAUCACUUUAUCCGUGACCACAUCGCAUCUGGACGCAUAUUGGUGGAACCCAUUCGAACCGAUGAUCAGUUGGCAGACUUGCCAAUGACGUCAUCCCACGCUCCUUUUAGGGUUUUCGCCUUUUGUUUCAGCCCGUAAAUACUCCGGUCGAUGGCGCAGGUAGUUGCCAGAGUUUGUUCUGACAUUUUGCUUGGUUAAGGAUCUCUUGCAUUACGCGUCUUCACGGCAUGAAAGGUUUGUUCCUUUAUGAUGACAGUCUUGGUGGAAAAGCCAAAGAGUUGUAUUUUUCGGAUCCACGAAGUGCUUCCCCUAUCUGCAACGAAAUGAUGCCUCUGUUACGAACGCGAAGCGUGAAGUACAUUUGAAUCCACACAAUUCGGUACGAAUUCCUUUCCAACCAUUUCCUACAACUAACCAAGCGAGCCGCAUCAUAAAACCCCAAUUAAAUUCGAACAAUCAUGACCUACCACAAUAUAAUAGGGCCCGCGAUUAUAAACGUAGAGCAGAGCGGCAAUGUUUAUCAGCAUAACGAAGCAAAAGCUAUGCGGCUGAGGGACUCGACUGACUUUGAGCAGCAUGAUAAAAUAAACAAUCUGAAGCGACACCCGAUGGAAACCAUACCAAUAGCCUAGCAGAUCGGUAGCAUUCUAAAUGUAAUCAAAAUUAAUCAUUGAACUUGAUCUUGAAAAUUAGGCCAGCUGAGCAUCGGGAUCGUGCAAAAUAUGAAUGGUAGAUCUAAUUCUGUACAAAUACAAUCAAAUCAUGUAGCUAGAGAGAUUGCUCAAAUUCAGGAAAAUUCUCUCUUCGGAGAAGAAAAUAUUUCUCCUGUGAAAACACGAAAAACCAUGUACCCGCGAAAGAUCAUUCUAGAAAUCUGGCCGCUCAUAUAUUCAUGUUAAAACACGUACUGAAAGUGUAAAUGUGUAGAUCGUAACGAGAGCCGCUAUUUCAUCAUCCUUUCAGGAAAGAUCAUGUGUAAUUUUUGGUAGGUCCUGCGGCUAUAAAAGAGGAAGCUCAAUAAAGACGUCAGUCAGUUUUGUUUUUGGACUCCACACUGGAUACCUCCCGGAUAAGUAUUUUGCUACUCAAAUUCCUUUGAUCCUGAACUUGCACUUGCGAAGCUUAAAUUAUUCUGAUCACUUGAUUGGAUAAUUCAAUCCUUCUAAAGUGUUGAUAUUUAGAAUCGUGGAAGUCUAAGUCAUUGGAUCGGUCAAACUUUUUCUCACUCUGGUAAGCCAAGGUUCCGAAUGCGAGUAACGUUGGCAUGAGUCUAGAAAGGCCUAAGUGCUCUACACACGAUUUUAGACGAGUCCCAAAUCAUUGAAUCUAUCGAACUUUUUCUCACUCUGGUAAGCCAAGGUUCCGAAUGCGAGAAACGUUGGCAUGAGUCUAGAAAAGGCCAGUUCGAUUUAGAUUCAAGUGUGAAGGCAUUUAUUUCUCACUCUGGUACGCCAAGGUUCCGAAUGCGAGUAACGUUGGCAUGAGUCUAGAAAGGCCUAAAUCCUAUCACACACGAUUUGGACGUUCGAUUUUAACUAUUCUCCUUCUUGAAUCUCCUACCCUGAGUGAGUAGUAUCGGUGUUCGAAAGUAACGCGUUCCGUCUAGUCUGUUGGUUGGCACGCACGGACUGUAAUACCGUAUCCCUUCGCAACGGUACCGUGAAACGAUUGUGGGUUUCGUCAUCCUGAUCAUCGUCGAUUCAUCAUCGCGAUAGCUGUGGACAAGAGUGCUGCUGGAUUCAGUAAGUAUUUGGUCUAGUCCCACCGCAAGAGGAACACCACACCCCGAUCGUGCUGCCAAUUGGAAGAUUGCGCCCCGGUGCCAACGCCAACAAUUUUGGUGGCUCCAGAGAGGAGGAGCUACUGCCACCAACAUUUUGGUGGCCUGCCUGAGAGGAAGGAAAAUCGAACUCCAGGAGCGCGCUGAACAGUGGAAAUCGACACCGAGUCUAGUGUGAAACAGUGAAGAAUAUUGAACACUGAAUAUCAUCAAACCGUCGUGAACCUUGUCGUGAACAGUGACAAGUACUGAAGAAAAAGAGUACUUAUGGAUUAUGUUUGCUGAAAAAUAGUGCCGGAAAGUGAAUUUGAAUCCACAAUAAAAUUGUGGAAGACUGUCAACGUUAAGCAUAGUGAAUUAACUGAUUGCAAAGUGGGUAGAAGUCAAUGCCAACGAAUAGUGUUUUUUCGAGUUGUAACGUGGUUUACUGUCGCCAAGAGUGCAGUCUGAGUGUUGUGCAUAGUCACAAGUUAUACGGUUACAAUUCUAUAGGAUCCGAACUGUGAACUGACAUUCACAAACUGGUCUAGUCGUGCCAUAGUGACUAGCGCCCUUUUCGGGAAGGCAAAUUAAAGUGAACUGAAUAAUCACUGAAAACGAAUAAUCAAGAAUAGUGUUUUUUCGAGUUGUAACGUGGUUUACUGUCGCCAAGAGUGCAGUCUGAGUGUUAUGCAUAGUCACAAAUUAUACGGUUACAAUUCUAUCGGAUCCAAACUGUGAACUGACAUUCACGGAUAGUGGCAAAUAAGCCUAUACAGGCAAGGAAACUCGCGGUACAAGUGACACAAGUGUGCAAGGAACAAGGAGAACCCAAUUCACGAUAACCAAGUGAAAAGGAAUACGAAUACCCAGCAAUCCAGAACAAAGAAGAAAAAUAAAUCACGAUUGUUUUUAUGUGACUGACCUGAAAAGGUCUAGUUGGUCUAGUCGUGCCACAGUGACUAGCGCCCUUUUUUUGGGAAGGCAUCAUUGAACUCAACGAUAUCGUGAAGAAUAUAAGUGAACAGACAUUCACAAAUCGGUCUAGUCGUGCCAUAGUGACUAGCGCCCUUUUUGGGAAGGCAAUUAGAAGUGAACUGACAUUCACAAGUAGAAAUUUGGUCUAGUCGUGCCAUAGUGACUAGCUCCCUUCGGGAAAGGCAACAUUGAACUCAACGAUAUCCUGAAGAAUAUAAGUGAAUUUACAUUCACAGAUUGGUCUAGUCGUGCCAUAGUGACUAGCGCCCUUUUAGGGAAGGCAAUAUUGAACUGAACAGUCGUGAAAAAUUAGUGAAAGUGAACUGACAUUCACAAGGUUUUGGUGGUACGAGAUACAGCACUGUGCAGACAGUCUUGGACGGCGACUUUUAUGCAACGAGGUUUGAGUGAACUCAAGGAAAUCCCGAAGCUAACCUGGGAAUCAGCAAACAUGUCUACAAGGUUCAUAUUGAACAAGAACGGACAUUGCCGUCUUUGUAAUGAGGAUGAUACAGUGUGUGAUAUGGUAUGUUGCGAUGAGUGUGACCGCUGGUUUCACUUAACGUGUGCAAAGCUGGAUCAUAAACCGACUAAACAAGAAAAGUUUUUAUGCGUAAAAUGCACACAAUUGGAAAUUGAACGCAAUGACCUGCUCGACAAGCUACAAAAACAAAAUCUGUCAGAGCAUAUAAAUCAAUCGAUAAGUAAUGCGUUAGCAAGAAACAAUGAUGCAACACCAUAUUUCAAAAGACAAGGCCUAAUUAAACUUCCAGCCUUCAAUGGAGCUCCACGUGAUUGGCCAAAAUUUAAAAAUAUUUAUGAUGAUACUACAAUAGAAGGAGCAUUCACUAAUUUGGAGAAUUUAAACCGGUUGGAACAAGCGUUGAGUGGAUCUGCAGCAAAAUGCGUUGCAAAUUUGAUGAUAAGCGCAGCGAAUGUCCCGCAAAUCAUUAAACGACUUGAAGAAACUUUCGGAAGACCUGAAACUGUUUAUAAGCAGCUGUUAAGCGACUUGAUGAAAGUACUUCACCAAAUACGAGUAAACCCUGUUGAGUUAUCGGACGCUCUGGACAAUCUUGUAACAAACAUGGAAUCGUUGAAGAAAAUAGACUUUUUACGUGACCAUCGCCUAAUUGAAGAUAUCACGAAAAAGUUACCAUUUAAUUUGCAAAUUAGUUGGACAGAAGUGGUGCAGCCACACUGAUUGAUCUGAGCAAGUGGUUGAAACCACAUGCAUCGACACUUCGAUUAUUGUUACCCACAUCUGGAACAUCUAGAAAUGUAAUGCCAGCGACACAUCCUGCAAAAUCUAGAAUACAUGUUCACACUAAAUCCAACGAUUUGUGCAACAUUUGCAAUUUAAAUCAUAAAACUCAGCAAUGCAACAAAUUAAAAGCUGCAAACGUUAAUCAACGUAAGGAAAUAUUAUCGCAAAACCAACUCUGUUUCUCUUGUCUUGGAAAAGGCCAUUACUUAAGGUUUUGCCCCAAAAAGACGGAAUGUAAAUUGAAUGGAUGUAAAAGCAAGCAUCAUCGAUUAUUACAUCAACCUAAGCAACAACAAUACAAAUCGGAGAGGAAUAAUCAUCAUGGAUAUAAAAAGGAUGUGUACUUUCAAAUAAUACCUGUAAAACUGAGCAACAAGGACAAAGUCAUCAAUACAUUUGCAUUUCUGGAUCCGGGAUCAUCACUUAGCUUGAUCGACGAAGCCAUCGCAGAUCAGUUGGGGCUUGAUGGAAAAUCUGAUCCAUUAUGCCUCACUUGGACGCAAAAUUUAUCAAAAGAAACUCCGAGUAAACGAGUUAACAUCCAAAUACAAGGGAAAGGCAAGCAGUACGUCAUGAAAGGUGUUAGAACAAUUCCGGAUUUACAAUUGCCAAAGCAAUCACUGAAGAUCAAGCACAUCAAAAAACGUUUCGAGUAUUUGGCAGACUUGGAUAUCGACGGAUAUCAUGAUGCAAAACCAACUAUAUUAAUUGGGCUGGAGCAUCCCCACCUCCUGAUGACAACUGACAGAAGACACGCUGAUGAAAACUCUCCUAUGGCAGUAAGAACCAAACUCGGUUGGCUGAUUUUUGGUAAGAUCUGUAGGGAAGAUGAUUAUUUUUCAAUGUCAAUUAAAGAAGAAAAGGAAGCAGAAAAUCUCUCCAAAAUGUUAGAAGAUUUUUGUUCGUUAGAAAAUUUUGGAGUUAAAAUCAUUGAGGAGCUCCCUAAAUCAAAAGAUGACGAAAGGACAGAGAAAAUUCUUAAUCAAACUCUCAAUUAUAAGGAUGGACAUUAUGAACUAGGUCUUUUGUGGAAGAAUGAUAAAUCUAGUUUUCCUCCAAGCUAUAACAAUGCCCUGAACAGACUAAAAUCACUAGAAAGGUCUCUAAUGAAGAACCCAGAAUUAAAAGAUUGGGCAAAUGAAAAAUUUAGAGAUUUCUUGGAGAAAGGUUACGCUAGACAGCUUUCACCUGCAGAGCUGAUGAGUGAGAAUCCCAGAAUAUUUUAUUUGCCUCAUUUCAUUGUCAUUAACAAGAAUAAGGUUCCGCCAAAGCCACGAGUUGUAUUCGAUGCAGCGGCAGAAGUCCAAGGAAUAUCAUUUAAUUCCGAACUAAUGACUGGUCCUGAUAAUUUGAUGGGACUUUUUGGAGUUCUCUUGAGAUUUAGAGAACACAGUAUUGCAGUAUCUGGAGAUAUUAUGGAAAUGUUUCAGCAAAUUAAAAUUAUAAAGGAAGAUCAGUAUGCUCAACGAUAUCUCUGGCGUAAUUGUAACCCAGAUGCACAACCGAAUAUUUAUGUCAUGGAAUCCAUGAUAUUUGGCUCAACUUGUUCACCCGCUUGUGCCCAAGCAGUAAAAAAUUAUAAUGCUAAAUUAUUUGAAAAUCAAUUUCCAGUUGCAUCUACUGCAAUUGUCAACCAACAUUAUGUGGAUGAUUAUCUAGACAGUUUUUCAAGCAUGGAAGAAGCAAUUAAAACGGUUAAUGAAAUAAUAAAAAUUCAUCAGUAUGGUGGAUUCUUUAUAAGAAAUUUUAUUUCAAAUAAAAAUAAAUUGAUUAAUCACAUUCCAAAAGAAAGAGUUCAGAUAGUAGAAACGAAACAAUUUGAACAUAAAGAUUCAAUUACCGAAAAGGUACUCGGAGUGUUUUGGAAUAUUAAAAGAGACUCUUUGCAAUAUCGAGUCAAAUUUGAUAAACUGGGUGAAAACAUAUUAAGAAAAGAUCAAAUGCCAACAAAACGCGAAGUGCUUUCGUUUGUAAUGAGCAUCUAUGAUCCACUAGGGCUCAUAUCAAAUUUUAUUAUUCAUGGAAAAAUUUUACUUCAGAGAUUACAUAAAGAAACUUCUGACUGGGAUACUCCUAUCUCUGAGAGAGCAUUUAAUCAGUGGAAAUUGUGGCUACAAAUGAUGAAUCAAGUUUCGAAAAUUGAAAUUCCCAGGUGUGUUACACACCCAUCAGCAGAGUAUUACGAAUUACACACAUUCGUUGAUGCUUCAGAAGAUGCAUUUGCAGCCGUAGUUUAUUUGAGAAAUAAAACUAAUAAUGGAGCAAUGGUUACGUUGAUAGCAGCAAAAUCUCGAGUUGCUCCAUUAAAGAAAAUUUCAAUACCUCGUCUAGAACUACAAGGUGCCGUACUUGGUACUCGUUUAAUGAACACAGUUAAAAAAGAGUUGCGCUUGAAUAUAUCAAGAAUCAUAAUGUGGACAGAUAGUCAAACUGUACUAGCGUGGAUCAAUAGUGAGCAUAGAAAAUAUAAACAGUUUGUAGCUUAUCGCGUUGCUGAAAUUUUAGAAACAACAUACAUGGAUCAAUGGCGAUAUGUUCCCUCAAAUCAAAAUCCUGCUGAUGAAGGAACCAAGAUUGUUAAGAAAAACCCAAAGUGGUUUUCUGGUCCAUCAUUUCUGAGUGAUAAUGAAAGAAAUUGGCCAUCCAGAAAUAAAAUUGGACAAACAGUUGAAGAAAUCAGAAAUUAUGUUUCUUUGCACAAUAAGUUAGAGAAAUAUUCUUUCAUCAAAGACGAUCAUUUUUCUGACUUUUGGAAAUUGAAAAGACAUGUUAACAUAUUCAAACAAUUCGUUAAAUGGAUUGUCAAUAAAGGAAAACCAUUGCAUAAACUCUGCUAUGAGGAUAUGGUUGAAGCAGAAAAUAUUUUAUUUAAAAAGGCUCAGUGGGAAUGUUUUAACGAUGAAGUCGUGUCUCUUACAAAUAGUAAUGGAAUAGAUAAAUCAAGUAGACUUCGUGAGCUCAAUCCAUUUUUGGAUCAAAAUGGAGUUCUUAGAGCUAAGGGUCGUUUGGAAAAGGCAGUAUGUCUGUCUAGAAACGCUAGAACUCCAAUCAUACUCCCAUAUGAACAUUAUAUAUCUUUUCUGGUAGUCAAAACGUAUCACGAAAAAUAUUUCCACUAUAACGACAAUGCAGUUAUUGCUGCCAUCCAACAAAAAUAUUGGAUCCUCAAGUGUAGAUCAUUAUUGAAAAAAGUUAAGAAGUAUUGUCAGAAAUGCAUACUUAAUAAAGCAAAACCAUCUCCUCCCAUGAUGUCCACCUUACCGGACUUCAGGACUCAACCAUUCAUUUAUCCUUUUACAAACACAGGAGUGGAUUAUUUUGGUCCACUGGAAGUAAUGAUUCGAAGAUCAGUUGAAAAAAGAUGGGGUGUAAUAUUUACAUGCAUGUCUAGCAGAGCAGUCCAUAUUGAACUUGCAGAGAAACUUGAUACUGAUUCAUUUUUUGUUUGUCUCCGUAAUUUUCAAAAUCGCAGAGGCAAGAUUAAACACCUUUUUAGUGACAACGGAACAAACUUUGUUGGAGCAGCUAGAAUUAUUAAAACGUUAAUUGACGAAAUCAAUGAAAAAAUGGAUAAUGGGGAAGCUGCAAAAUUGGAUUUAAAAUGGACAUUCAAUCCUCCAGCUGCCCCACAUUUUGGAGGUGCAUGGGAAAGGUUAAUCAGAAUUAUCAAGCAAUCCCUCAAUGUUAUGCUGCAAGCUAACAAUGGUAAGAUACCAAAAGUGGAGGAAUUAAGAGCUGCCUUGAUUCAAGCUGAAUUUAUUUUAAAUUCGCGUCCCCUAACCCACAUACCAGUCGAUAAUAUUGAAGAUGAAGUUUUGACACCAUUUCAUAUUUUAAUAGGAAGAGCAGGAGAGUAUGUCCCUCCUUACGAUACGCUUGAUUGGAGUUUGAAUCAGAAGCAAUGCUCAAGUGUAAUGGAAUAUGGGAAAUAUUUUUGGAACCGUUUCAAAAAGGAAUAUAUUCCUACAUUAAUUAAAAGAAACAAGUGGAAUAAUAAAGUCGAUCCUAUAAAAAUUGACGACCUUGUGUUGAUUGUCGAUGAAAAAAUGCCACCUGGAUCUUGGUUAAAAGGUAGAGUUAUUCAAGUUAAUACUGCUGACGAUGGUCAGGUUAGAUCAGCAUUGAUACAAACGAAAAAGGGAGUUUAUUCUCGUCCAACUACAAAAAUCGCUGUAGUGGACGUGAAUGGGAUGAACAUAGAACCGAUUAAUGAAAAAUCAACCAACUCCAAUUUAAGAACAAAAGAAACAAAGAAAAACAAUAGUGUUUUAUUAAUUUCAUGUGAAGAAAACAAAGAAGACAAUCAAAGCACUAUGAAAAAGAACAACGCAAUGCUGGGAAAACGUAAAGGAAAUCAGAAUAUGAAGCACUUGGCAAAAAGAGCUAAAAGCGAUAUGGACAACAAACAUGAAACAAGAGAAAAGUUGCAUACCAAAUCAGAAAUCAAGCAAAGAGCUUGGUUAUCAUUGGUUGUAAUAUUGUCUUUUAUUGCAUUAAUAGCUGGAUUUGAAUCUAAAGGCUUAAUUGCUUAUGAUUGUGCCAAUCCCGAGGUGAAUAUGACAAGCUAUUCUCUUCUUGAUGUCGAAUCAUGCGUUCCACAUAUGAAUAAUUUAUCUUCAUCUCAAGUAUCAAUUCAAGUAUUACAACGAAAUGUCAGAACAACAACAAGGGUAUUUCAAUGUAAAGUUAUAAUUAAAAGAUCUAUUAAACAUUGUGGAGCAUUCUCACAUGUAUCGGAAUAUCAAUAUGGAUACUCUUAUAUAGUGAAAGAAUUUAACUCAGAAGAAUGCAGAAAGGUGCACGCAUUGGGGACCGUUGCACUUACACAUGACAGAUUGAUACAUGAAUUGAAAUUAAAUACCACAACUCAUGGAGAGACACUUAUUAUAGGAAGUUUAUCAGGAAGUAAGUGUUACGGUGGGACUUAUAGUACACCCUUCUAUACAUGGACAAAUGCAUUGGUAUUUUAUGAGUACGAAAUUUCUUUGUUUGACUACAUAGCUCAUGUAGACAUAGAAAAUGACCAAAUUUCAUUGAGGAAGGGUCUGUAUUGUCCCUAUUCACUCGGACGUUGUUUGGACUCUGAAGAAGGAUAUUUAACAUGGGACAUGAAUUUGAAUAAGUCAUGUGAGGAUACUGAAUUCGAAGUUAUCUAUGAAGGGUUGGUUAACAAAACAAUGAAUUCAGAACCAGCAGUUCAUCUUUCUACAGCAGUAAUAUACAGCACCAUUUCCGAGUCACAAAUAUUUUCAAUAAAAACCCGGAAGUUAACGAGGAUUUGUGGGUACUCAGGAUUUACAACUGAUCAUCCUCGUAUUCUCAUUAUUGAAAACAGUAAUUUUAAAUCACCGUUCUCUAAAAAGGUAGAGUCAGGAAAAAAUUUAGACCUAUUCACAUAUUUCAACUCGAAAAUAACUAUAGUGGAACACUACAUUGGACAAAAUUUGAAUGAUAUUUACAACAUGGUAAUGACUGAAAUGUGUAAGUUGGACCGAACUAUAAUGGAAACCAAACUAACCCUCGCACGAUUGAAUCCGAACGAAUUCGUUUCAAGUAUUAUGAAAGGAAACGGCUAUACGGCAGUCGUGGCAGGAGAAGUUCUUCAUGUUUUGGAAUGUAAGCCAGUGUAUGUUUCUCCCAAAGCGUCAGAAAGAUGUUAUCAAGAGUUACCAGUGAACUAUAAUAAUAUAACCAUGUAUUUGGCCCCAGUAACACGUAUAUUACAAACAAGAGGCACAGAAAUAGAUUGUACUCCCCUGUUGCCUGUUAAGUUUAAAUUUGGGUCUCGGUGGUACACAACUGAUGGGAGAUUGAGAGAAAGCACAAGCCCAAACAAAUUAUCAACUAACAUUGUCACAAGCUGGAACUAUACACCGCUACCAAACUUGAUGGAAAGUGGAGUAUAUGAUUCUGAUAAUUUGGUUAAAAUGAGAAACAUGAUAUAUGAGCAAGGGGAAAAACGUGCGGCCUCCGCAGUUGUGUACAAAAUAAUGGCUGGACAGCAUCCAAACAGACAAGGAUUUCAAUUUGAAGCUAUGAUUUCCGAAAAGGUAUUGGAUAAUGUAUUCAGCAAAUAUUGGAAGAAGUUAAUAUCUUGGACUACUUGGCUGGGCAAUCUAACAUCUACUGCUAUUGGUUUAUACCUAAUAGUGCGUAUUAUUAAAUUCUUCGUCGAUACACUUAUUCAUGGAAGAAUUUUAUAUGACAUAUAUGGAUUUAGUUGGAAGUUAAUUGCAUCAUGCUGGGAUUCACUCACUAGUCUUCUAUCUCACAAGAAAUUUAUGGAAGAAACCAAAAAAUUCACCAAGGAAAACGAUAGAACAAAAGACCUGGAAUCAGUCAAAGAGAAAAGCGACACUAAACUAAAUGAAAAUGUAGAAGAGCCAUACAGAGCCAGUAUGUAUCCAACAAUUAAUAAGAUAUAGUUGUUCAAGAUAAGAAGAUCAAUAAUAGUAAUAAGAAAAAUAAUUACUAUACUUUAUCAUAAUCAACAUUGUAAAGGAAAUGUUUGGAAGAUCACUUCGCUUAUCGAAAGAUACUAGGUAAAUCUCCCCGGUAGAUUUACGAGGGCCGGAAUGUUACGAACGCGAAGCGUGAAGUACAUUUGAAUCCACACAAUUCGGUACGAAUUCCUUUCCAACCAUUUCCUACAACUAACCAAGCGAGCCGCAUCAUAAAACCCCAAUUAAAUUCGAACAAUCAUGACCUACCACAAUAUAAUAGGGCCCGCGAUUAUAAACGUAGAGCAGAGCGGCAAUGUUUAUCAGCAUAACGAAGCAAAAGCUAUGCGGCUGAGGGACUCGACUGACUUUGAGCAGCAUGAUAAAAUAAACAAUCUGAAGCGACACCCGAUGGAAACCAUACCAAUAGCCUAGCAGAUCGGUAGCAUUCUAAAUGUAAUCAAAAUUAAUCAUUGAACUUGAUCUUGAAAAUUAGGCCAGCUGAGCAUCGGGAUCGUGCAAAAUAUGAAUGGUAGAUCUAAUUCUGUACAAAUACAAUCAAAUCAUGUAGCUAGAGAGAUUGCUCAAAUUCAGGAAAAUUCUCUCUUCGGAGAAGAAAAUAUUUCUCCUGUGAAAACACGAAAAA